UGACUGCAAAGACACACUUCUGGACAUGAAAGAGAAGCUCAACCUCUACAUCCACCUGCUCCUAUAGCUCGCAAGCGCAUCAUGGACGUCAUAGUGGUGGAAAGCAUUUACCUCCUGGUCAUCGUCACCCUCAUCAGCGUACUUCAGAAUGCAUUCUUCGCCCUGAAGGUAGAGAAGGAGUGCAACAGACAAAAUGUCAACACAUCUGCUUUUGAACGAGUUUCUUGCGCCAACCGUAACUGCAUGGAUGCUUAUCCCACUUUCCUGGCAGUAAUGUGGUGUGCCGGCCUGUGUCUCAGUCAAGCUCCUGCUGCCUUUGCUGGGAUCAUCUAUCUUGUAGUACGACAGAAGUACUUUGUUGGAUACAUGGGACAAACCUCUCAGAGCACCCCAGGUUACCUGUUUGGAAAACGCAUCCUUGGUUUCCUGUUCCUGAUGUGCGUCGUGGGCAUCUUCAGCUACCUGCUGAUACGCCACUAUGGCAACGACCACAAAGAAUAUGUAGAGAUCAUAACCAAAGCUGCCUCUACACUUCUCCUCAUCCCGUAGUCCAGUGUUUGUCACAUAAUGACAACAACACUUCCCCACAUUUAUCUUUCAAUUGAUGAAAACGCCAUUAAAACCCUGUACUCAUUUGUUUUGUUUUA